GAGCCGAAUCUUUUUUUAUUUUUUAUCGUGUCCGGGACCUCGAUAUCAGACAACGCGCUUCUAAAAUCCUGCCCACGGGGCGCAGGCGAUAUCCCCCUCGUCUUUUUCGCCGGCGUGGAAUAACCCCUUCAUUAUCGGACUUUAGGGCAAGGGGCAAAUCGGAGCAAGAGAAAGAGAACAAUCGAGUUCGCGCGAUGGAGGAGGAUUCAUCGGUUGGGGGUCGCGAUCCACGCCAAAGCCCCGCCCAUGCCCCAAAUCCCAAGGCGAAGUCCUGCAAGGGAUGCCUCUUCUACUCUUCUGUCCUCAAAUCCGAGGCCCGCAACCCCCUCUGCGUCGGCAUCACCAGGACCCUGCAACAAGUACCUAACUACAGCAUUGGGGAGUCAGAGAUUGAAGCUACUCAAGAAGAUCAUAGCCUGUCAGACUUCAAAUAUGCUUGUGUUGGUUACUCAGUAUUUUUAAAUAACAAAGACAGCUCUGUGGAGAAGGGAGAGAAGCAACCUGAGUUGCCAUUUUGUGCUGGCCUGGAGAUAUUAAUGGAUAGAAGACCGUCAACUGCUGAUCAUGUGCCUGCUCAUGCUCAUAGUAAGGAAGAUGCUCGAGUUCAUUCUCAUCCACAAGGUUACAGACCAACACAGUCAUCGGGGCAGGACUUUUUCAGCAAGUUUGCUAGGAACGCUGGACUGGUGGCUUCAGGCGUGGCAAAGAACCUUAUCAGAGUGGGCAACCAGAUUAAAGAUAACUUUGAUGACAUAUUGUAUGACCGCAGGCGUCCCAAGUAGAAACCUAACCUCAAAUGUACAAGCACAGCUGGAACUAUUCUUUUGCAUUUUGUAAUAGGUUUAUUUAAUAUUAUAAUUGCUAGAGAACAACUCCAAAUUGUAUGGACAUCAGAUCUAUGAUGUAUUGGACAUCACAUCUAUGCUGUAUUGGGUUGUUGAUCGUGGCAAGUGUUCCUGUCCUUUGUAAGGCUCCAUUUUAUAAUUUCAGAAGGGUAUGGACGUGAGAUCUAU